CGGGCACAGCAGCCCGAAGCGGCGCACGGCGAGCACUCCCGCGUCCCCGGCCGGGCUCAGCUCCGCAGACAAAGCCCUGCGCACCUCUGCGCAAAAGGAGCGGGCGCAGACAAAGCGGGGCAGGCGGCGGAGCGCCGCAGCAUGCGGGGCCGCCAGGGCUUCCUCUGCUGCGGGUGGGCUGCUGCUGCCGCCGCUCUUGGUUUUUUUUUUUUUUUCGCUGCGUGUGAGUGUUAUUUUUUUUUUUCUCUCUUCACCAACUUCCUUCCUGCUCCAACUGCCAGAGCUCGGGGCUGAGCGCUGACAGCAGAGGAGGACCCCGGCCGCAGGCGCCGCUCCGCCGACCAAGCCACCAUGACUGAGAAGACGCAAGAGCCUCAUGUGGAGGAUGAUGAUGAUGAGCUGGAUGGGAAACUCAACUACAAACCUCCUCCCCAGAAAACACUGCAGGAGCUGCAGGAGUUGGACAAGGAUGAUGAAAGCCUCGCUAAGUACAAGAAGUCCCUGCUGGGAGAUGGACCUGUGGUAGUAGACCCAACAGCUCCCAAUGUGGUGGUCACCCGACUCACUCUGGUUUGUGACUCUGCUCCAGGACCCAUCACCAUGGACCUUACAGGUGACCUUGAAGCACUCAAGAAAGAGACCUUCGUAUUAAAGGAAGGGGUGGAAUACAGAGUUAAGAUCCACUUCAGAGUAAACAGGGACAUUGUGUCGGGACUGAAAUACGUGCAGCACACCUACCGGACAGGGGUGAAGGUGGACAAAGCCACAUUCAUGGUUGGCAGCUACGGGCCACGGCCAGAGGAGUACGAGUUCCUGACGCCCGUUGAGGAGGCUCCCAAGGGUAUGCUGGCUCGAGGCACCUACCACAACAAAUCCUUCUUCACGGAUGAUGACAAGCACGACCAUCUCACCUGGGAGUGGAACCUGUCCAUCAAGAAGGAAUGGACAGAAUGAGUUCACCCAGUUUGCCUUCCCCCUUCCUGUCCCCUUGCCUCCUGCACCAGUCUCCAGGCCUUCGCUGCUUCUUCUGAUACACUGAGAACAACCCAGCCACCACCCCAUCAUAACCAUAAUGGGUUAAAUUGGGAAAGCACCUCCCUCCCUCCUUCUCCCCCAGUACUUCCUCCUGUUGUCCCCAUCUCUCCCAUACCAACUCCAGUCCUGGAAGUGCCUUUUCGAGGAAACAAGAUCACCUGGCAGGGGUGGACUGGUCCCUGGAAAAUCCCUCUCUUGAGUUACACUUGCCAUGUGCUCUGACUCAUUGUAAAGGGUUACUUACCUCCCGUGAUGGUCUCCUGGUCUGUGUCUGGUGCCCUACCCUGUUAAAAUCCAUCCUUGUGCAGGCAAAGCCAGUCAGGGGGAAUGCAGCUAGAUGCCGUAACAAGACUUCAGUGUCUGAGAAUAAAACCAGUUUCUUUCUUCUUUUC